AUGCCAUUUGAUUUAAAGAUUCAUACAAUGUCAUUUUUAAAAGUGAAUGAUUUAAUGAAUUUAAAAUCAACAAAUAGAUGUACUUAUUUGAUGAUUUCACGCAAUCAUCAGAAACUUAGUAAAUUAAAUGUAACUGAUUUUAUUAUAAGCGCAAAAAAAAAAUGUAAUAUAAAUAUUACAUUAAAUAAUAAAAACGUAAAAAUUGAGAAUUUUGAUGAUUUCAUUGAAAUAUGCAAACAUAUUAAUAUUACAGGAGUAAUAUAUACUCAAAAUGUUGAUUUAAAUUUUUUAAAAUAUAUACCAUAUAAUAAUAUAUCAUCUGCAAAUGGUGCAGUUAUAUGGGAUAUCAAACAUUUAAAAAUUUCUUUACUUAUUAAUUUUUUAAACAAUUUUAAUUGUCAAUAUCUACAAAUAUGUAAUACAAAUAUUAUUGGAUAUGGAGAUAAGAUUUUUAAAUCAUUAUCUAAUUAUGUACAGGAAAUUGUUAUAACAGAAGAUACAUAUUGUGAACUUUCAGAUAAAUCAUUAUAUUAUAUUUCAAAAAAUUUAAGUAGAAAUAAUACUAUUGGUAAUGUUAUUAUACAAUGUAAUGGAGCAAUUUUUACACCAAUGGGUAUAGUUGAUUUUAUAAAGAAAACAAAUUUUAAACCAACAAUUGGAAAUUUAUCAUUAAGAUGUGUCUCCGGUACAAAGGAAGAAUUUCUCCAAAUUCUUUGUGACAAUUUAAAUGAAGAAAUUCAAGAUUAUAAUGUUUAUGGCUUUAAUGUUCAUGCAUUUCAUUUAAUUAAUAGACCCCUUUGUAUUUUUGUCAAAGAAUUUCUUUAUAGUUAA